GGCGCGAGAUGGAGAUGUGUGUGCUGUGUGUUGGGCGUAAGGUGUGAGGCGUGAGGCGUGUCCCAGGCACGGCAGGAGCGUGUGGUGUGGCAAGCUGGGGGGGGGGGGGGGGCCGCAGUGAAUCGGGGGGCCGCAGGGGCAGCGGUUAGCUAGACAGGACAGGCCGAGUUCUCUGCGCGGGCGGUGGGUUGCGGUAAGAGGAUGGGCGUGCUAGAGGAUGUUUCGAUGAGGCUGUGGUGGUGGGAAUGGAGACGCGGAGCAGAGGCGUCGAGGCGUCUGGGUGGGCGACGGGGCGACUGGGCGAGUGAGCGACUGCUGAGCAACCGUGGGCCCACUCACAGUCCCACGGUGGAGUCGGCACCAGCUAGCGGACCGCGAAUAGCAGCGGCAGCAGUAGCAGCAGCAGCAGCAGCAGCAAAGCCUCGACGUUUCAUUUCGCGUGAAAUCACUGCCAAUCCGCCCUCUAGUUGGCGCAUACAUGCCUGCAGAGCUCUGGCAGGCCUCUGGCAGCGCUCUGGCCUGCUGGAGCCGCGAAUUCUCGUCGUGCUCUCCCUCUCUCUGCAGAGUGCAGACGUCGGCCGAGUGCGUGACUGCUGGUGCUCUCCCAAGCCUCGCUAGCAACCCGGCCGUGCUACCUUGAUGGCUUCACGCCGCUUGCUCCAGCAGAGCCUGCAAACGCGCCGCAACGGGCUGCAGCCGUGCAGCCGUGCAGCAGCACAGCAGUGCAGCCGAGACUUUGUUGCUGUCCGCUUACAUGAUGCAUCUGCCGCAGCGUCGGACGACUCUGACUCUGGCCGCGAGUCGCACGCAGCAGAAAGUUCAAGG